AUGACCUCGAGCGAGGCCUCGGGUUUGGCCUCAGAGAUCGCCCCAGACUUGGUUCUCGAGGCUACGCUCGCGGCGGCGAUCGACGAGUCGCUCAGAGACCACAGAGUGGACAACGCGUUGUUUCUGUCAGAACGCCUCGUGGCGCUGCGCGACGCCGAGGCGAACGCGUUGUUACACGCGAGAUGUCUGUACGCGAGCGGGAAAGCGCACGCGUGCACCGAGGUUUUGGGAUCGAGGUUGACCACGCCGAGCGCGAGGUACCUCUACGCUCGGGCGUGUUACGAUUUGGGACGACUGGCGGAGGCGGAGCGCGCGCUCAGAGGCGACGUCGGGAGCGGAGGAGAGUACGUGGGUCGGUACGGGUCGAGACGGCGGCCGAACGUCGCCGAAGACGACGCGAUCGCGUGUGCGGGCGCGGCGGGGGAGUAUCUCUUGGGGUUGAUCUGUAAGGAUACGGGGAGAAGAGAGUCGGCGAUUGCGCGGUUCACGCGGGCGUUGAUGGCUGAUCCGCUCAUGUGGGUCGCGUACGAAGGUCUGUGCGCGCUCGGUGCGGACGCCGAGGCAAAGGCGUGCGCGUCGAGCGGUAGAGAGGAUAGUAUUCUGGCCAUGUAUCCGUCGUUGACCGGGAGCAGCGGAUUGCUCGCGUGCGCGGCACACGGGACGCGCGGCGAGGUGAGCGGAGGCUCGGCGCCAACGUCGCCUUCGAGACCGCGCAUGACGAGCGAAGAUCACGAGGCGGCCACAAGCACGCCGGCGACGGCGCCGAUGAGAGAAAUGCGGGACGUGGGAGUUCCUCCAAGCACCGGGGCGAGCGACCGCACGCGCACUGGGGAGGUAUGGGAUGCGUCCAAUUUACUCACGCCGGCGGUUGGUGGUUUCGGCGACAUCGGCAAAGCGGGCGAUUCCGUGGGCGCCGCGUUCGUCACGCCCUCGCCGAGCUCCGUCGCGGCCGCACCGCCACCGCCGCAGAAGCUCGCCGGAGGGCGCGCGCCACCGACCACGGGUGCGCCGCGCACAGGGCGACCGAGCACGGCGCUACCGCCCACGAUGGGCGAAGACGGCGAGCGACGUAAAUUCAUGGACGAAGGCAAGCUUCGAAAGGUAUCGGGUAGGUUGUUUAGCGAUGAUCCCGCGUCGACGGCCGUUCGUCGGAGUACUAGGAUUCAAGCCGCUCGUUCGCAGAAUGCGGCGAUGUCUCCACCACGAGGCGAUGACGAAUCGUAUCUGUUCCAAGUCCCCGAGGACGGGGAGGUUUCGUACGACACGAGUCGUAGUUUCGGAGACAUACAUGAUCAAGGGAUCUGGAGCUGGCAACCCGCAGCAUCUGUCCGCACGGGUGAAGGGGUGUUGUUGGCGUUGAACAUGCUAAGACCGAUUGCUGAGGGAUUGAGGCACCUCACCAUGUAUAGAUGCGAUGAAGCGAUUCAGUCGUUUCAGCAGCUCUCCAAAUCGCAGUACAACACUCCGUACGUUUUGUGCGCCGUGGCGAAGGCGCACGCGGAAAUGGUGGAUUACUCGAACUCGUUGAAAGUUUUUGAAGAAGCGCGCGCGGUAGCUCCGUACCGAUUGGAUUCCAUCGACGUGUACUCCACCGUGCUCUGGCACCUGAAGGAAGAGGUGAAACUCGCGCACUUAGCGCAAGAGGUACAGGCAAUUGACCGAUUGGCGCCACAGACGUGGUGCGUGCUCGGCAAUUGCUUCUCUCUGCAGAACGAACACGAGACUGCGCUGAAAUUUUUCCAGCGCGCCAUCCAGCUUGAUCCAAAGUGUACGUACGCGCACACCCUGAGUGGGCACGAAUAUUUCGCGAACGAAGACUUUGAGAAGAGUAUGAACUGCUAUCGCGCCGCUUUGCGCCUAGAUCCUAGACAUUACAACGCUUGGUACGGUCUCGGGACGGUAUAUUACCGCCAGGAGAAGUACGUCAUGAGCGAGUAUCACUUCCGUUACGCGCUCGGCAUCAAUCCCAAGUCGAGCGUGUUGUACUGCUACGCGGGCAUGGCUAAGCACGCGUUAAACGAAACCGAUGAGGCUUUGGCUUUGCUCUCGCAAGCCAUCGCACUAGAUGCCAAGAACCCGUUGGCUAGAUACGAAAUGGCGGCGGUGUUGAUGAGCGAUGAAAAUUAUGAAGCGGCUUUGGAUGAGCUCCACAAGUUGAAGGAUAUCGCGCCAAAGGAGGCGAGCGUGUUCUUCUUGAUGGGACGAAUCUAUAAAAAGCUCGGCAUUCAGGAAGAAGCGAUGAUCAACUUUAGCGUUGCCCUCGAUUUGCAUCCGGCAAACACGGACGUCAACUCCAUUAAAAACGCGAUUGAGAAACUGGACUCGGACGAUCUUAGCGACGAAGAAAACAUUUAG